AUGACCAAAAAGCGAGUUCAAAACUUUACCUUACCUGGUACAAGCAGCCAGGAAUCAACAUUCUCUGACCCAUCUGAGGCAAAGUUUCCUUUUCGUUUCGUAACUGACAAGCGUGCUUGUGCAGCUACAGAUUUCCCUGAUUCUAGUGUGCCCGCCCCUAAUAGCCAGCCGCCAACAUGUAAUCAUAGCACAUACUCUUACCGACUUUACGACAGCGAUGCUAGUUCAGUUUUACCAAUGGAUGUACCCAUGCCAUCGCCGGAUGUGGAUACUAAUGAUUGCUACAAGCAUUUACCCUCUGAAUGGACCGAUGAACAGAAAACACGACAACUGUUGAUUUGGCUCAUGGAAAGAGAGGCUAAUAUAGAGUCUUCACCGGAAACACAUGUAACUGCAGAGGCAAAAAGAGCUCGAUUGGUUGCCAACAAAUUGAAGCAAAAAAUUAUUAAAGACAUGAAGGAAGGAAAGGUUGAUGUUUCAUGUUACAAUAGACCUGACAAUAUAGAGGAAGUAGAAGAGAAAGAGAACCCUCUCAAUGUAGCCAAUGCAGAGAUGCUAGAAGCAUUGUCCAACGCAAAUGAAAACCUUUCUAAUGAAAUUGAGGACUGGAAGAGCACAACUGGAAAUAUAUAUCAAGUUCAUGCUGAAGCAAUCGAUGCUAUUCCAACGGAGACAGCUAUCAUCCACGAAAGUGUCGAUGUAGACUUUAUACUGCAACAUCUCCAUGAGGAGCAGCGACAAUUCUACAAGGAUUAUUGCGCCACAGAAGAGACAUAUACAAUAGAAACCCCUGAGAUGAUUGAUCCGGGCAUUACUCACAUUAGACAGCAGUUAAAUACGAUAAAUCAAUUUCAAUUACAAGCCGGGAAAGUUUUUGGUAAGCAAGAGUCAAAGCUCGCAAAGAAAAUGCACGAGAGAACACAAUACAUACCAGAAGGCAAACAUUACAGUAGAGUGCAGUAUCUGGAGACUGUUUUGAAGCAUGUUCUUACUGAAACACCUCGAUACAAUAAUAUGACAAACCAUUAG